AUGAACCCAGUCGGUGAAUUUCGUGAGGAAGAAAUUGAUGGAAAAACGUUUUUCUUAUACAAUUCUUCAACCUCCUCCGGUGAAGACAUCCCUCUCCAACCUCUUUUCCUUUGUCCUCUCUUACGUGUCAAAACUCACAGCCAAAAAGAUCCGGAGGCUAAUUAUGAUGACCAAGGCUUUGUCCUGUUCGAUAUUUCCCCUCACUUCCCAAGCGCUGAUCCACAAGUCCACUAUAUGCUUGAUUCUCACAACCGCGGUCUUAUCUGUAAGCUCCCUGUUCUCCCUCUCUUUUGGUGCAACAAUAAAGAACCUAAUGGUGCCGACUUCUGUUGUAGUGCAUGCAAAAUCACAAAUCUUGGCACAGCCUACUAUUUUUGUACCACAUGUCGUAAAAAGUUCCACAAAGAAUGUGUGGAGUCUCCACUUGAAAUCAAACAUCCUUCCUAUCCUUUUCAAUCUCUCCAACUUUAUAGUUCUCCCUUUGCCCUUGUGAAUUGCAUUUGUUGUGAUAUAAGUUUCCAAGACAUGAUUUAUCAUUCUUCUACUUACAAACUGAGUAUGCAUCCUGUUUGUGCGAUGAAACCAGUACCCUCUUUUAUAGACCACACAAAAAGACAUCCCCACCCUCUCACUUUUUCCCCUAGCAAAGCUUUCUUACCUUGCAAUGUUUGCGGCCUGAUUAAAGAAUCUAUUCUCACCUAUGUUUGUGUUCCAUGUGACUUUGUAGUCCAUCAAGAUUGUAUCUAUUUCCCGCAUAUCAUAAAAAUUUCUCGUCACCACCACCGUAUCAUUUUUACCUCUUCUCUUCCAUCUGCAAAAUGGUCUUGCGGAGUCUGUCGUGGAGAGGUUGACAAUCAUUAUGGUGCCUACUCUUGCAACAAGUGUGGUGAUUAUUUUGUUCAUACAAGAUGUGCAUUGAGAAAAGACGUGUGGAAUGGAGAAGAUCUCGAGGGAAUACCGGAAGAGCCUGAGAUGGAUGUUGAGCCAUACGAGACGAUAACCGAUGCAAUUAUACUCCAUUUUUCUCAUGACCAUCAUCUAAAACUCGAGAUCAAUAGAGUUUACGAUGAAAACAAGUUUUGUCAAGCGUGCAUCCUUCCAAUCUAUGAGGGUACUUACUAUUCAUGUAUGGAUACAUGUGACUUCAUUCUACACGAAGCAUGCGCUAAUGCCCCUCGAAAGAAACACCAUCCGUUGCAUCCUCACCCGCUUACGCUUAAGGUCGUCAGUAUUGGAUACGAUCAUUACAGAAGAAGAGGGAAUUACUUCGAAUGUCGUGCUUGUAGGCGUCAAAGUUGUGGUUUUGUUUAUGAUAGUCUGGGUUUCUCACUUGAUUUGCGCUGUGCCUCGGUUUUCGAACCAUUUGAAUAUCAAGGCCACGAGAAUCCCUUAUUCCUAGCCUUAGAGCCAGAUGAAGAAAAAGCGGUGAUAUGUCAAAUCUGCCAAGAAGAUGGUGAUGGAAAUAACUAUAUUAGAAAACUAAAUUGCAUGGAAUGCAAGUACAUUAUAUGUUUCAGGUGUGCUACCUUGCCAUACAAGGCAAAGUACAAGCAUGACAAACAUUUCCUCACAUUUCGGGAAGGGAAAGAGGGAAGUGAUCAAUUAGACUGGUGUGAGGUAUGCGAAAAGAAGUUAGUAUACUCAAGAAAAGGUGGGUUCUAUGCGUGUGAUGACUGCUGCGCCACUCUCCAUGUUAAUCGUUUGCUUGGGAGAGAUGAGUAUAUGCUGAAACCUGGUCAUACUGUAAUGAAUUAUAGGUCAAACAUUCAUAUUCUUCCCAACAAUACCAUGACUCGACCAUUCUGCCAUGGUCAUAAAGAAGAUCGUUGUCCACACAAAGUAGUUUUCAAAUGGCAUGACAUGACAUUUUGCUCUUACAGUUGUUCGAUGCAUUAG